AUGAGAAAGGGGACAAUAGUUGCACAUAAGGUAAUUCUGGCAGCUGCUAUUCCCUUCUUCAAAACAAUGUUCACUGGAAAUAAGGAAGAGGCAAGAAGUCAUCGGAUCAGCAUUAGAAGUAUCGACCACAACAUCCUUAAACAGUUAAUCUCGCAUGUCUACGGUCACAGCUUGGUCGUUUCGGAGGGAAAUGUUGAAGCAAUGUUGCUUGCAGCUGACUUCCUACAGCUUCGACAUAUCUCCGACAUUUGUUCAAUAUUCAUUCUCGACUACGUACUCGAUUACGAAAACGCUUUGGGAAUCCGAGAGUUCUUAUCUACUGUAGGAUAUAGCUCGGAGGCCUUGGAAGUCGAGCAGUUCAUAGAAAGAAACUUCUUGCCUAUCAGUUUUACUGAGGAAUUCAUCACACUCCCUAUUGAUAAACUUGAGGGGUUAUUAUCCAGGAAUCACUUGAACGUAGAUGAGGAGGACAUUUUCACAGCAGCUGCACGUUGGAUCGAAUACUAUCCAGCCCGAAUCAAAGUCGCUUUUCGCUCUCAACGUAGACGAAACCUUUGCAGAGUUCUUUCGUGCGUUCGUCUUCGCCUGCUUAAAAAGGAUUUUCUCGUCAACGUUGUCGCUCGCCACCAAGUGUUUCUCAUCGAUGACUCCUGUCAUAGACUUAUUAAUGAAGUGAAGAGUUAUGUUCUGGAACCUGAGCUAUGCCUUCAGCCUCUCCUUUCCACUGCAGCAGGACGUCGGAGCAGCUAUCCUUGGACAUUAUUUUUCAUUAAUGGAUUCGAUGGAGGGUUUGUGGAUGGAAUGAGAUACGACCCAUUCACAGAAGAACGGAGAGUCAUACCAGCAAUGAAAAUUCCUCGGAGCUUUCCCACUGUUGCUGCAAACGACAGGAAGAUUUAUGUGGUCGGUGGUCAUCCAGAAAACGCUCUGGAUACUGUGGAAUGCUAUGACGUCGUUAAGGAUGAAUGGACUAUGAUCUCUUCAAUGAAAAGAGGACGUUUUGGUGGGGUUGCAGCAUUCCUGCACAACAAGUUGUAUGUAUGUGGCGGAUCGUCUGGCCUGGAGACGUUCUCUUCCGUAGAAAUAUAUAAUCCCAGAAGCAAUUCUUGGGAGGAUGGUGUUAGCAUGAGAACAAGUCGACAUUUUGCAGCUGUUGCUGUAUUAAACGGAUACAUAUAUGUGAUGGGUGGCAGGAAUCAGUCUUGUAUCUUCUCUUCCGUCGAGAGGUUUUGUAUCGAAAAGCGUAGUUGGGAACCUGUGCCUGAUAUGCAUGAAGGUCGCUACUUCUUUGGUGCAACAGUAGUCAACGACAAGAUCUACGUUUUCGGAGGAUUAAAUACGAAUGGCAUUCAGUCACAUGGUGUGGAGUGUUUUAACCCUCGUUAUAUGUGCUGGACGAUCUUACCACCGAUGCCGAUGGCUGGUCGCAUCUCUUUAGCGGUGUCACAUAAUAACAUCGUCUUUGUCAAGGGAAUAGAAUCGACAAAAAUUCACAAAUUCAAUGUGGAUACAGCUGAAUGGGUGCCAGGUCCCGAGAUUCCAUUGCGUUUUCAGUUUGCAUUUGGAGCUGCGAUCUAUAUUCCACCCGAAUGA